AUGUCUGGAGUCAAGGAGAACUUUGUCAUCCCCUUCACGGGAGCGCUACAGGCCUCGCUUGCCGUGUUGCUGACCAUUNUUUACGGUGUCAUUGCAGCUCAAUUCAACUUGCUGAAUGAAAAGUCGGCAAAGGAUAUCUCCAAGGCUUGCGUCAGGUUGUUCCUGCCUGCUUUGUUGAUUGUCAAUGUCGGACAGCAGUUGAGUCUUGAGUCUGGAACAAAGUAUCUAGCCGUCUUCAUCUGGGCCAUCAUCUACAAUGUGCUCAGCAUGGUGUUUGGUCUCGCAGUUCUUGUGCAGCNNACCAAAUUCUUGGAUUUACCUCAAUGGGUCACUCCCGCUCUCGCUUUCAACAACACGACCUCGCUCCCUCUUCUUCUCGUUCAGUCUCUGCAAUCAACCGGCAUCCUCGACUCCCUCGAUGCAUCCAGCAGCACCAUCGACCGUGCCAAGUCAUACUUUCUCGUCAAUGCUAUGGUCUCGAACUCCUUGACCUUCGCUCUCGGACCUCGUCUCCUCAAUGGACAAAACGAAGAUUCACCAGAUGAAGAGCCGGAGAAAGAAGACGAUGACACAGAAGAGGCCGAAAGAGGUUCAAUCCACGAACACCAAGAAGAGAACGAGCAGACCUCUCUCCUGCCCAACCGCGCCGUCCGUCCUGGAGUCAAGGCCAUCUAUCAUACUCACAAGCGCUUGAGUAACUACUACAACUCGCUCUCUCCCCGCACACAAGCCACACUCGACUUCCUCUACCAAUUCUGCAACCCACCUCUCAUUGGCGCUGUCAUUGGUGCAAUCGUCGGCUUGGUCCCCGCUCUGCACACCCUCUUCUUCAGCUCGCCCAACGAAGGCGGUUACCUCAAUGCUUGGCUGACCUCCUCGAUUAAAAACAUCGGAGACCUCUUCGCAUCCCUCCAAGUCGUUGUGGUUGGUGUAAAGCUCUCGCAAGCCAUGUUGCGCUACAAGAAAGGAGAGCAAAGCGGUAGUGUGCCUUGGAAACCUUUUACCAUCAUCACCGUCGUCCGCUUCGUCGUCUGGCCACUGAUCAGUAUCCCUUUGGUCUGGGUCUUAGCCAGCAAGACUAGCGUUCUUUCCGACGACCCUAUUUUGUGGUUUGCCAUGAUGCUGAUGCCUACUGGUCCACCGGCCAUGAAAUUGACUGCACUUGCUGAUGUUAGCGGUGCUGGUGAUGAGGAAAAGAUGAGUAUCGCAAAGUUCUUGACUAUCUCCUAUGCCAUCUCGCCCUUGAUCUGUUUCUCCGUCGUUGGUGCACUGAAAGCUAGUCAAGCCAUCGCUAGCAGCUGA